AAUUCAAGCCAAGCAACAUUUUUGAGAUCAGUAAUAAACCAUACAUUUGCCUUCUAUUUCUUCGAAACAAUGUCUAAUAUUGUUAUUGUUUUCGACUUUGACAAAACCAUCAUUGAUUGUGACAGUGAUAACUGGGUUGUCGAUGAAUUCGGUUUCACUGAUUUGUUCAAUCAGCUCCUUCCCACAAUGCCUUGGAACUCCCUUAUGGAUAGGAUGAUGAUGGAGCUUCAUUCACAUGGUAAAUCAGCACAUGCUUUAGGGUGUGAUUUGAGAAUUGUUAGUGAUGCUAAUAAGUUUUUCAUUGAAACUAUUGUAAAGCAUUUGGGGAUAAGUGAAUGCUUCACAAAGAUUAACACUAAUCCAGGUUAUGUUAAUCAACAAGGAAGACUAACAGUUUUGCCUUAUCAUGAUUUCAAUAAGGCUCUACAUGGUUGCCCUCUAUGCCCUCCAAAUAUGUGCAAGGGUUUAAUCAUUGAUAGAAUCCAAGAUACAAUUAGUGAAGUGGAUAACAAGAGGUUCAUCUACCUUGGUGAUGGUGCUGGUGAUUACUGUCCUAGCUUGAGACUUAGAGAAACAGACUUUGUGAUGCCAAGGAAGAAUUUUCCGGUGUGGGAUUUGAUAUGCAAAGAUCCUUCAUUAGUUAAGGCUGAAAUUAAUGGUUGGUGUGAUGGACAAGAGUUUGAACAAGUUUUGAUGAAGUUGAUCAACAAAAUUAUGAUUGGGGAAAAUGCGAAAUUUAUUUCAACUGAUUGCAAGCUACAAUCUCUGUCUAUUCCAGUACUUGAAUCACUGCCUAAAGCACUCUCAGUUAGACCAUAGAUUUUUAGUUUACAAUCUUACCAUGUAUCAUAGCCUAAUUAUAGUUUUUCUUGGA